UCAUGUUGGGAUAUAGCCGAAGUAGCAGCAGCAGCAACUCCUGAUUUAGGGGCAAAAGAUGAAGAUAAAAUAACUACACAACUGACUCGAAACACGAGAGAAAUUCAGAAGGUCAGGGAUGGAGCCUUGGGUUCCCCAGUGGCCGCCUCAGCCAGCGGGGAGGCCCCCAGCACCAUCAAGGGAUCCAGACCGAGGGCUUCAGAGAGAUAGAUACUAUCGGCCUAUUCGUCACUCUUGGCACAAUGGAGAGAGGGUCCAUCAAAGACAAGACAUGGGCAGGAGCCCCCAACCACGGCAGGACCCUGAGGCAGACCACCAGCAGCCUCAUUAUGUGUCCAGGCCUGGGGAAUGGCAUCAGCCUGUGUCCAGGGUUGACUAUUAUAAACGUGGUUAUCCAAGUCAGUUGUAUUCAAGGCCGGGCAUUGAGGAUCUAUAUCAAAGCUAUCACUCUCCAGCCCUAAGGGAAGAAUAUGCUUAUGGAAGUUAUUACUACCAUGGACACCCGCAGCAGCUGCGGGAAGAAAGAGUGCCAAGGCAAGGGAGUCCUUAUAUCUGGCAUGAAGAUGAUCAAGAUCAAAAGUACCUGAAUGAACACCAACAUGAAAACAAGAAUAGUCCGUUUGGAACAAAUAGUGAGACCCAGUUCCAAUCUAAGCAUUGGAACCCUUAUAAAGACAGUCCUGCUUCUAACUCUGGACAAGAGAGGCCUGGGGACUUAUUUCUGGAGAGUCUGCUAACUGGGGCCCAGAAAAACAAGCCAUCACUGACCGAGGAGUCCAACCUUCUCCGGCAGCACGAGUCUGGUCUCACCUCCAGCAGCUAUGAGCUCAGUCAGUACAUGACUGAUGCCCCCGAGCUGUACGACCCCAUGGCUGCAGCAGCUUGGAGUCCAGUUCAGGCUGAGGACAUCUCGGCAGCUGGUCCCAAGACACCCAUGAAGUUCUACAUCCCUCACGUGCCUGUGAGUUUUGGGCCAGGAGGUCAGCUGGUGUGUGUGGGUCCCAGAUCUCCCAGUGAUGGACAGACGGCCCUUGUUGAACUGCACAGCAUGGAGGUUAUUCUUAAUGAUUCUGAGGAACAAGAAAAGAUGAGGACUUUCUCAGGACCCCUGAUUAGGGAAGAUGUACACAAGGUGGACAUCAUGACGUUUUGCCAGCAGAAAGCAGCACAGAGUCGCAAAUCGGAGACACCGGGGAGCAGAGACUCGGCUCUACUGUGGCAACUGUUGGUUCUCCUUUGUCGGCAGAACGGGUCCGUGGUGGGGUCUGACAUCGCGGAGCUGCUGAUGCAGGACUGCAAGAGGCUGGAGAAGUACAAGCGGCAGCCGCCUGUGGCCAACCUCAUCAACCUGACGGAUGAGGACCGGCCAGUACUGAGCUUGGGGACCCGGAACCUGCUCACUGGGGAGGUUACCCCCAGCGUGGAGACGCCUGCGCAGAUCGUGGAGAAAUUCACUAAGUUGCUCUACUACGGAAGGAAAAAGGCAACCUUGGAGUGGGCCAUGAAGAACCAUUUGUGGGGUCAUGCUUUGUUCCUCGCCAGCAAGAUGGACCCAAGGACCUACAGCUGGGUCAUGAGUGGCUUCACCAGCACGCUGGCGCUCAACGACCCACUGCAGACCCUCUUCCAGCUCAUGUCGGGGAGGAUCCCACAGGCAGCCACGUGUUGUGGGAACGAGCAGUGGGGAGACUGGAGGCCACACUUGGCUGUGAUUCUGUCGAAUCAAGGUGGGGACCCGGAGCUGUAUCAGCGCACGAUUGUCACCAUGGGGGACACCCUGGCUGGGAAGGGGCUGGUGGAAGCAGCUCACUUCUGCUACCUCAUGGCUCACGUGCCCUUCGGCUCCUAUACCGUGAAGACAGACCAGCUGGCCUUGCUGGGCAGUAGCCACAGUCAAGAGUUUUUGAAAUUUGCAACAACUGAGGCUAUCCAGAGGACGGAAAUCUUCGAGUACUGUCAGAUGCUGGGCCGCCCCAAAUCCUUCAUCCCUUCUUUCCAGGUGUAUAAGCUCCUUUAUGCUUCCCGUCUGGCAGAUUACGGCCUUGCGUCCCAGGCCUUGCAUUACUGCGAAGCCAUUGGCACCGCCCUCCUGAGCCAGGGAGAGAAUAGUCACCCUGUGCUAUUAGUGGAACUCAUCAAGCUUGCAGAGAGACUGAAGCUGUCGGAUCCUCUGGUUUUAGAACACCACCGCCGUCACCCAGGAGACAGGGACCUGGAGCCGGACUGGCUGGUACACCUUCGGGGACAUCACAAGGAACUGCAGCAAAAGGUAGCAGGAGACAUUGGGGAUCCUCAGUCGGCUCACUCGGAUAUUUUGGAAGCCAGAAAAACAACAGACGACGCUUUCUACCAGGAUCUUUCUGGACAUCAAGGCAACUCAGAAGCCCCUGGGGACUGCUCAGCCCUGUGGCCAACACUGGAGCUGAUGGGUCCGGCUCAUCCCAGCCCACAGCAGCCCUUUCCCCUCCAGCCCAGCUCCUACCCAGCAGGAGGAGGUCCUGGGCAGACGGGGGUCCCGGUGCCUCUUUACUCAGUUCCUGAGACCCGUCUGCCAGGGACCGGUGGCAGCGUGGCAGUGACAGAGACUCCUGGAGGAAGGGCCUGGGAGGAAGCCCAGCAGAUGCAGCCACCCCCUGGAGAGAGCACAGUGUCUCCAGAAACCUUCCAGCAUCCUGAUGGGCAGAAAGUUGUUUCCAAACCGCAGGUGCCACUGAUUCCCAGAGCACGAAACAUUUCUGAGAGUUCCACUGUAUCAGUCAAGGAGGAUGAGGAGGAGUCCUCCGAUGAGGCAGAUAAGGAAGAGUCUUCCGGAAACACCGCCCAGAGAGGAAAGCUCGGAGAAGCGAAGGACAAUACAAAGGGCUCGGGGUUUGGCUGGCUCAGCUGGUUUCGUCCGAAGCCCGCCGGCGAGGCGCCCCCCUCUGGAGACGAGGACGCAUCUGACGCUCCUGACUCUGAGGAAGCCCUUCGAGCAUCUGUUCCUCCCCAGCCCAGCCCGAGCCUCUCGUCGACGCCGCCCCCAGCUCCCCAGUCUCUGCCGGACGCCGGCGCCUGCUCCAGAGACACAGGUGGCAGUGAAGCCCGAGGAUCAGCGUCCGGGGUGGGGAGAGCCGAGGGCGCGGGGAGCGGAGGCUUUUUGGGACCUGAGAGUGUUUCUUCUGGGCUCCACUUCAACCCUGGUGUUCUGCUUCCCCCACCGCCCUUGAAAGGGGCUGUCCCUCUCUACAACCCAUCCCAGGUCCCCCAGCUCUCCAUGGCUACCAGCCUGAACCGGCCAAAUCGCCUAGCUCAGCGCCGCUAUCCUACCCAGCAGUGAUGAGAAGGACCACCCAUCCCAGGCUGGUCUCCCUGAAGCACAACGGUUACAUUGUUCUCGUUUCUUAAUCUCCCAGC